AGAAGAGGGGCACAGCACAGUGAGUAUGAAAGGACACAGAGUGCGAUGCAGAGAGAGAGACUGCAGGCAUGCAGCGACACAGAGCAGCAUAUAUGGUAUGUUUAAAGAGGCUGCAGCAGAAUGGGCUAUUAAUGAGGUGUGUUAAGCAUGAGAUCCCCCGAGACCUGAGGUUAGAGAUCUGUAAAACAUGUGAUUGGACAAUAUCCCUCAAAAACCAACAGCAUGUGACUUUAUUGUGGAGUCUGUAGACCCUCACCAUGCUCUCUCUGUGGAAUCUUUAUCUUCUUCUCCCCCUCUCCUAUCCUCUCUCACUUGAUGUCAUAGCCUUUGCCGGAGAAAAUGUCAAGGAAACACAACAGCCAGACAUUGACACAGCAGCCCAGCACGUCACGCAGCCCUCACAGAGACCUCAUGGAUCUGGUUUAGCACCGGGGAGUCCCAUGUUUCGAACUGAGAAUGUUAACUUCCUACCUUUACGUUGGCACUUACCAUCAUCUGAGGAAUCAGAUAGCCAAGGUGUGAUUGGUGAAUACACUGAUUUACAGGAGAGCACAGAGACAUCUUUCUUGUAUCCUAAUGAGAAGGGACUUAUCAUAUCUAGACCCACAGAUAGUGCUACAGAAGAUGCCACCUCCAAGGAAAUUCUACAACCAGUAAGGUCUUCAUCAAGAGGAGUACCACCUACCCAGGAACAACAAACAGUAAAGUAUCAGCCAGCUGAGACCAAUACUGGAUCUUUAUUGCAUUCUACACAGACUGGAGAGAAUCAGCCAUCUUUCCCAGCCUUGCAGAAUAAGAUAACUGAUAGCCAGUCACCUUUUCUUCUGUCUGGUUCACUUCCAUCUUCAUCUCAUUCUGCUGGACCUGGGCCCAGCCCUGAGCCCCCCACUCCACCAGUACCAACUAGCAGCCCGGGAUGGACCUCUGGUCCUUCUGUUGUCACACAGGGAAAGACACAGGAGGGGACUUUCCCAGUGAAGGAGUAUGGAGCUGGAUUGAUUGAUAUUACAGAUCCAGUUUUACACAAAGGAGCUGUCAGCAUGGAUGAAGAUAAAGAUGACUCCAAGGAUGAUGACCUGCAUGUCUCAAAGACCAGUGGCACACUUGAUGGUAACAGGGACACACCUACCACACCCUGCAAAACAUCAAACCAGUCCUGGACUCCCACCUACUCAGAUGAUUUUACUCCCAAUGAGUUUGUGCACCCCUCUCUAGCUGUCAGCCCUGCCCUUUUUGUUCCUCUGUAUUCAGACUGGAACUCUGCCCUCGCCACAUGGGGAUUUGCGUGGGAAGCACACAUCUAUGGCCUGGGGUCUGUCUUCACUGUAUUUGGUCUUAUCUCUGUGGUCUGCCUGUUGGGCCUGCCCCUGCGAUGUCCCCCAGGAAUCCCCUACCUCACCCUGUUGCACUUGUUCCUCCUAGCUUUUGCAGGAAUCCAAGCUUUCCGUUUGCUCUAUGAUGCUUACAAUCACCAAGAUCGUCUUCCCCCUCUGGGCUCUCUGCUGCUCUCUGAGCUCCCCUUCCCCUGUUUGAUCUCAGCCUUCUCCCUGGCCAUCCUCCUUCUUUCCAUGCGAUCACGCAUGCGUCUUUCUCUUCCACUUGCUAAUUCCAAGUCAUUGUCAGUCUUGCCAAAGCCUUGCUUGUUACUGUGUAUGUCCCUGUUGCAUUCUGUUGUCUCUCUAGGGUGUGUUGGCAUGCUCCAGCUCUUCCACAGCCUCCCCACCGUGAUCCUGCUAUUCCCUCAGGGUGUUUUUGUAUGUCUCACCAUCUUUCUCUCAUGCUCCUACCUCAUCUUCUACUGCUUAAUACAAGUCAACACUAAACACAUCUACCAGCUCAAUGACAAUGGAGAGAGUGGCGGAUCUCCUGAAGUGAUUCGAUCUGCAAGUUGCCCCUUUGCUAAAAUGGAGGACUGGGAUAGGGCAGCAGGAGCUGGAGUAGGGGCUUCGUUGUGUUUGUUAGGUUGUGGAGGCCUCCAGCUUUAUGGGAUCCUGCAUGCUCUUGGUUUGGGUGGGGUUGAAGGCUAUGGUUUCCAGCCAUGGCCCUGGUGGGGCUACCAGGUAGGCUGCAGGCUCUGUGAGGUUGGGGUGUGUCUAGGUUUGUCUCUCAUUGGUACACACCCUCUGUUCUGUCACAACAACUCCUCUAUCAAGACCAUAACUCAACCACGGCCAGGGUCUUGGUCGCGCCUCUCCUGCAGCUCCCCUUCACGAGGGCUCACCCUGCCCUCUCAGGGAGGUGCAAAUUCUCCUGUCCUCUCCUCUCACGAUUCGUGGUCCCAGGGUAAGCAGGAAAAGCUGGUGGUCUGUGAUGUCACCACUAAGGGACAGUCAGAGGCUCUUCCUCUAUUCUCAAUUGUGGAUCCUCCUGGAAAUGGGCUAGACUGUGUCCCCAAGUCCAGCCAAACCCGGAACACUGUACUGCCUCUACCUACACCCCCAAGCCCACCGCACAAGCCUAAAAAUGCAGUUGAGUCUCAGCUAUCAUCACUGGAUAGCCUACGAUUGGAGAGCGACUCUACUGUGGACCUGCGCCCCCCAUCUCCCAUAAACUUGUCCCGCAGCAUUGACCAAGCUCUUUUCAGUGAAUCCCUAUUCUCUCAGAGUAUCUUUGGUUUGCCAAGACUAAAUCAUGCUUCUUCCAGCCUCUCUUUGAGCUCUCCUAGCCAAGGUAUGUCUAAGCAAGGGCCUAGCUCUGUGGAAAAUGCCCUAUACCGGACAUCUUCCUGUGGAAAUGUGGAUCAAGAGAACAUCCUGUCCAGUUCAAGACCUUCUCAGCCACAUGGCUCUUCUCACAGCAAGUCACCAACGUCACCAGAGCAAUGGGAUUGGAAAGGGAGUGUCUCUGACUCAACCCAGGUUCUGUGCAACAAUCCCAAGGAGACAGGAAAACUGCGCUCACAUUCCUGGGCCAACAGAGGUCAAAACUUUACUCCGAGCAGCCUCCCACGAGCGAUCCCCCACUUGUCAUACCACAGGCGUUACCGGACCCUGAGCUUAGCUUCCCAGGACAGUCAUGGAGCUGGCCGACUGGCAGGGACUAAACACCUGAGCGAAAGCAAACAGCUGGAAUGGGAUCUCGCUGUACAGGCAGAGUUUGUGAAUGUGUGCAAACAAAUUGAUGCUCUGAGUGUUUGCAGUGACACCAUUGAAUUGUAGUAACUUAUAAAAGUCACGUUAUGUUUGGAAUGUAGCAGAUUAGGUUAGAUGGAGGAAUUGAAUUGUACAUCAUAAAAGUUACAUAGAUUAAACUAAUUACCUGAAUAAAUGAAAGGAGAAGUGACAUUAUUGAUAUAAUAUGUAGACACAAUUUAUUUUAUACUGUAAAACUGUACUGUUGAUAUUGAAAACUGGCUGACUGCAGCACACUGUUUUCCAAAACUUUCAUUAAACUCUUCUCUUUGAAGUAAUGUUUUUUUUAAAUAUUGUGGCAGUAUUGUGAUUUAAAUACUAAUUCCAGAUAGACAUUCAGGAAUGUCAAGGAUCAAAUAAAGAAAAAUAACCAUAAAUAAAUAAAUGGAUAGUGUAAUAUCUAUUAGGAAGUUAACUUAAGUGGGGAUUUUAAUAUUUGUAUAACUGACAUGUUGAGCUUUGUUAUAUUUGAAGCUGUCCUGCAGAAAGAAUAUGAAGAAGAACCUUCUUCAUUAGUGGUUUUACAGUGUUGAUUUACUGUUGGGGUUUCAAUUUGGCAAAAAGUGAGAUAACACCCUUUCACCUCUUCCCUGAUGUGAUUGUACGGAAACAAUUGAAUCUACAGUGGUAAACAAUAUGAGGAGAGCUAAAAAAAAAAUCUAGAGGGAGCUGAAAAUUACUAAUAUUUUGCUAAUCAGCACCUUGCUGGCCAUUAAGUUGUGAACAGUGGGGGGAACAGUAUUUUGUUAAGUAGUACUUUCCUCACAGGAUUAUCAUAUGUUAUUUCAGUGUGGUGUAAUAAACAUGGAAAUUCAAGCAAAAAUCCUAUAUACACAGGAGGAUUUGUCUUCCAUGUUUUUGUAUUGCCUGCUUAGCCAACCAUUUGAGUGGUGUCUUUGAAACUUUUGGUACAGUCUAAAUUGUAAUUGUAAUGUGUUAAACUGGCAUUGUGUAUUGCUCAUGUUAGAAUUUCUGGGCAGACUUCAAGAUAUUUCUGAAGGGUAACAAAUGAACAUGGUUGUUAGAUUUUUAAUAUAUUGCCCUCUAGUGGUAAUGAGAAAAACCAUCAUGCUGGUCAACACUUUUUGCUUCAUGUAUUUCUGGAGAUGUGACAAAAAUGUUUAAACAAUAUCAAAAUACCCUCGUCAAAAAAUCUUUAUUCAACACUAUUUACAGUAAAUAUAAUUUUGAAGCCUUAGGGUGGGUGAUGGAAGAAGAAUAUAUUUUCUGUAAGUUAUUGCAAAAUUCAGAUCAAGAGUUAAUCAUAAAGUGUCAUAUGUAA